UUCCUGACUUAUAGUCUAUUUCAAUUCCAAGAAUAUUUUGUUACGAAACAAAGAUAGUUUGAGCUUUGAGUUCAAAAAUGGUUGAUGGUUCAGAACGUAACGAGGUUGCAGUUGCAGAGUCCAACGACGUCGAUCGACUCAGUGAGUUACCCGACUCCUUAAUCUUCACGAUUUUUUCGUUGUUGGAAUCGCGAGAUGUUGUUAGCACAACCUUCCUCUCCAAAAGAUGGAAAAAUCGGUGGGCCACCGUCCCCUGCCUUGCCUUCCGGAAUAAUUUACCAAGGUUUAUUUACGGUGCUCUCACGCAAUGGAGAGGCCCCAAUUUUCUCAAACUCACCAUAGCUUUCACUAAUUUUCUCCCUCGUGCUAACGACCUUAAUUCGUGGCUUCUUUUCGCCAUCGCAAAGCAAGUGGAAGAGCUAUCUAUACAUUUGGGGCUUCUCAGAAUCGGUGCUUCUGCUACUCCAUACUCCCCACCUCAGCGCUUCUAUUCAUGCUCCUCCUUUCGCAAAUUAUCCCUUUCUCAUUUGAGGCUGCAAAUCGAGGGGAAUAAUGUGCAGUGGGGUCAACUCAAGAGCUUAACAAUUGUAGGUUCAAAUUCAUUGAGUGCAUACGCGAUUAACCGAAUUCUCUGCGGCGCCCCUCGAUUGGAAGAGCUGAAUUUGUGCAUUAGGGAAAUUGGUGGAAGAUUCACGAUCCAAUCUACUAGUUUGAAGACUCUGUGCAUCGGCAGGCAAGAUGAUUGUUUCGAGAUCGUCGAAGUGUAUUUAGGUUCGAUUCUCGUAAUCGAUGCUCCCAAUCUCUCAAGUUUGGUGAUUUUAAGCCGAUGCUACGGAAGGUGCUUGUUGAAUGUCCCGUCUUUGAGCAACGCAGUUCUUAGCUUCUUCUGGUGUGGGGACGAUAUGGAUCCCAGCGACCUCUCGCGUAUUCAAAUGUUUAAUCGUGUCUUUCAAAGCGUCCGCCAUGUUGAGAGCCUCACACUGUCGAAUUGGUGCAUUAAGUUUCUUCUGUUUAUGAAGAUGAAUGAUGUGUUGGUGGAGUUCCCAAAUGUGAAGUCUCUGCAUCUCUUCCCCGAUGAGCCGGCCGACGAGAUGCUUGAUGUUCUUGAGAUGUGCCCUAUGCUCAUGUUUUUUACUGCUCAACUUCAAUGUGCUCAGAAAGGUGAUUCAUUUGCCUCAACGAGGAAUGCUACACUUGUCUCUCUCAAGAGGGUUGAGAUUAGGUGGUCUGUAAACGAUGCCUCAGUAUUUCGAGUGAUUGAAACUAUUUUGGAGAAUGCUUACAUGCUAGAAAAGAUGGUUCUUCGAGUGAGGGGGACUGGAGUUGAUGGUGGUGAGCCCUUGAUCUUGGCACAUGAGAAGGUGCUGAGAAUGCCGAGAUCCUCUCCAACUGUGGAGGUAAUUAUUAUCCAAGAUUGAUGAUUUUUAGUAUAUGCUUUUGUGGGGAAGUAACAUUUGCUAUCUAUGUAGUUCUACUAUUUAUAUUUUGAUUGUAGUUGUUUGUGUAUGUAUGGCAUGUAUUGUGUUUUGAUGUUCAUUGUAGCUGUUGUCUAAGUAGUUGCCAAUAUGGAAUGUAUGACAUUUUGAACCAAA